AACCACCAUACACAUCAUUAAUUGCAGCGGAGGGGCAAAAGCGUCGCUUCACCUCGAAGAAAAUUCCUCAUUUUCUCAUUUCUCUUUUCUCCCAUUCGCGUUGCAAAAUUGACAGAGGGGAAUCAAAGGCGGUUUCGUUCGGUUCUGCUCUGUUGGGGAGGGAAGAACAAGUAACAACACAGAUGGGGUUGCUUUCUAACAGAAUCACUAGAGAGAGCCUGAAACCAGGGGAUCACAUCUAUUCUUGGAGAACUGCAUAUAUAUAUGCCCAUCACGGAAUUUAUAUUGGUGAUGACAAAGUCAUUCACUUCACUAGACGAGGGCAAGAAGUAGGAACUGGUACUGUGCUAGAUCUUCUCCUCAUCAGUUCCGGACCAGCCAGAUCUCGAGAAAUUUGCCCAACCUGUGCAGCAGCGUCUCAAGAUCCACAUGGGGUCGUCUCCUCAUGUCUGAACUGUUUCCUAGCUGGCGGUGUCCUCUACCGGUUCGAGUACGCCGUCUCCCCCACUCUCUUCCUCGCAAAAGCCCGCGGCGGAACAUGUACUCUCGCAGUUGCUGACCACGAUGAUGUCGUGGUCCAUCGAGCGAAGUACCUGCUUGAAAAUGGCUUUGGUUGCUACAACGUUUUCAAGAACAAUUGCGAAGACUUUGCCAUCUACUGCAAAACCGGGCUCCUAGUUGUUGAUCACGGGAUAAUUGGGCAGAGCGGUCAAGCAGUUUCCAUCAUAGGGGGGCCUCUUGCUGCGGUUCUAUCCACGCCGCUUCGUCUGGUAACUACAAAUGUUUAUGGAAUGGCGGUGACCGCGGUCGGGGUUUACUGUGCCAGUAGGUAUGGGGCGGAUAUUGGAAUGAGGAGGGAUGUGGUGACAGUGCAAGUGGAAGACUUGACAACAAGGUUGGCCAAUGGCUUGUUGCAGGUGGUUGAAUCCCAAAUUUCUAUAAGUCCUGCUCGUCAAUCUCCUCAGAUUGUCAGCCAAUGAUUAAACAUUUGCUUUGUUUGAAUUUGUUGUGCUAUUAAUAUAUAAUAUAUACAGUGUAUGCGAGUCCUUUGUUUUUUAACAUCUGGGUGUGUAAGCAAUUUGAAAUUUAUUUGAAAGAUUCUCCAGUAUUAUGGAUUUGUAUAA